AUCUGGCUUUAGCAAGGUGGCAUGAAUCCGUUUGAUACCGUGGCAGCACCAGGUGCCACGCGGCCUGCUCCACCGUCCUCCCGCCCUAUAGCAUCCAUUCGGCUCAGAGCCCACGGCUUCUCCAACUCCAACUGUCCAGCGCGCGGGCAAGCGAGCGGCUCAAGCUCAACUCGACCAAAUGCCGCUGCUCCUCACCUCCUCCCUGCCGGCGCUGCCGGCGCCGUUGGCCGCGUCGUCCAGGGCCCGCGUCAGGGUCGCAGCUUCCGCCGCCGCCUCCGCCCCGGACGGGGCCGGCGCCACUGCCAGAGGGUUCCCGUCAUUCCUUCCCCGAGCAGUGGAGCGCAUCCGCGACGGCGCCGCCAUCCGCCUCGCCAAGCGAAUCGAGCGGGUGCCCGUACAGACCUCUUUCUCGGGGAGUCCGAUACUGAGCAGCUGCGUGAGGCCGCUCAAGCAGCAGCAGGACGCUGACCCGAUAGUCCUGCUCCAUGGCUUCGACAGUUCUUGUCUAGAGUGGAGAUACACCUACCCGUUGCUUGAGGAGGCUGGACUGGAGGCGUGGGCUGUGGACAUCCUUGGUUGGGGCUUCUCUGAUUUAGCAACACGGCCGCCAUGUGAUGUUGCGUCCAAGCGGGAACAUCUUUACCAGUUCUGGAAAUCCUACAUCAAAAGGCCUAUGGUUUUAGUCGGGCCCAGCCUUGGUGCUGCUGUUGCCAUUGAUUUCUCAAUCAACUAUCCCGAAGCGGUUUCAAAACUGAUCUUCAUUGGUGCAAGUGUAUACUCUGAGGGCCCAAAAGAUAUGACUAGGAUGCCUAAAUUUGUUUCAUAUGCUGGGGUGUUUAUACUGAAGAGUCUUCCACUGCGUUUUUUAGCAACACGCUUGGCAUUCAAUAAAACUCCAAAUGAAUUCUUUGAUUGGGUGCAAAUCGGGCGUCUGCAUUGCCUACUUCCUUGGUGGGAGGAUGCUACAGUAGAUUUUAUGAUUAGAGGGGGAUAUAAUGUCAUUAGACAAAUAAAACAGGUGAAGCAUAAAUGCCUGAUCAUGUGGGGAGAGGAUGACGGGAUAAUAAGCAGCAAACUAGCAUAUAGAUUGCAUCAGGAACUCCCAGAUGCAAUUCUGAGGCAGGUACGGCAGUGUGGCCAUAUUCCUCAUGUCGAAAAGCCAAGGGAAGCUGUGAAACUUGUUCUUGAAUUCCUCGAAAGGGAUAAAGCCGAAAAGGCAGAUGGGGCUUCUUCUGUAACACCAGUACUCACGAAUGGCUGAACAGAUCCGCCUUCAGGUUAUAUAUGCUCGAUGCGGUUUCAGAAAUGGUUGCUGAACUUGUUGAAGUUAUGGUCAUGGGCCGGCUUGGGUGUUGUGCGCUAGUGAACAGUCCAGUGGAUGAGUUGGUGCCAGGGCUUCCUCUGUGGAGCUGGAACAAGUGACGCUAGAAGAUGCAGCGGACGAAGAGCCAGGCGUCCUUGCUGGUCAGCUGCUCCGAUUUUAGAUUGUUGGUCAGUUAGCACUAGCAGUACUAGAGCACUGCAAGAUGUUUUUUGACACGGGGAUGAGCUAACAAAAGUGUAACUGUCAAUCUGUCUAGGUUCGUGUUCGUGCAGGCUGUGUCCUUUCUUUUUUAGAGAAAAACAGGCUAUGUUCUUUCGUUUACUGUACGUGUUACAUGGCCCGUGCUCGGUUCAGGAAUCGGCGUUUGUGAUUUGCUCUUUGCCAUUCACAUACACCGGACGCUUCACUUAUUUCAGUUUGUCUGCUUUUGGUUUCAGUUUA